CUCCUCUCCUUCCUCCCGGGUCGUCGCAACGAACAAGGCCGACAGCGAGCGAGUGCCGCUGGCUUCCCGAGCUCUUCGUCGGGGAGUCUGGGCCCCAAAACUGUCCUGUUCCUGUGGAGCGGCGAAUGGCAGCUGGCUUCGCAUCUCAGGCAUGGAUAACCUGGCUCGCAGCUACCAUACUCGCGACGUGCACUUACGUCCUGGCAGAAGAAGAGUGCUUGAAUUCAAGAAUUCAGUGCUACGACUGUGACUCAGAGCAGGAACCCCGGUGUCACGAUCCCUUCAACCAUACUGAAGAAAACAGGCCCAUAGUUAAAGAAUGCAAGGGGUGCUGCGUUAAAAUUGUGAGCAACCAUGGAAGGCACGACCAGGAAGUGCGGAGGACGUGCACAGAGCGCUUGCAGAUCAACCUGUUCCUCGUGGACCAUGUGUGUAUGUACGAAUCGGGAGGUGGGGGACACAUGUGCUUCUGCGAAAGUGACUUUUGCAACUCCGCGCCUCCCGUGAAGGAGCGCUUCAGUGCCUCAGCGCUCCUAGUGGCCGCAUCAGUGUCGCUGCUACCUUCACUACUGGCGAUGCACAGGCCGCCGCUACUACGGUGCCUAUUUUCACCGUCCUAGGCAUCGUACAAACUUGGUUGUAAACGCAGUGGGGAAACGCACCACCAGCUUUCUCGCGCGAGUGCACAUUCUGAAGCAGAAACUUACUAAGCUGGAAAUUUAUGAACAGACGAAACGCACAAUACGCAGGACCAAGUCCGCAAGUAACACACUUCACGAUGCGCAAUAUUCGAAUAAUACUCAGCUCGCAUUCCGUGUAAAAUAAGAUAUACGUUCCUCCAAUGGUCAAGGACAAAUACAGACAAGCAGUCACUCACGUCGACCGCGAUUCAUAUUCCGCUGGGAUACGAAUGGCGGACGCCCCCUAAUUAGCGUGACUGGUAGAAGAGGGAGCUCGUGGUGCUUUUUCCUCGACGCGUGCAACUGAGCACAACAAAUGACAUCACGUCCAGGUCCGCGGGACAGAAGGUCCGCUUGUCAAAGCCAUUCGGGCGAUCGCUCUGUGUUCAAGACUCCGCACGGGAGAAGUGCGCGAAGAAGACCGCGUCCAAUACGAAGUGCGAAUAUCAUAAUGCACGAACAGAUCAAACUUUGUUUGAAGGGCUGCUCUCACGAGUGCCAGAGGAUGUUUUGAGAGUGAGACGCCGAGUGUGCGUGGACCACUCCUUGCCCGAGUGUAGUCGGAAACGCGAAGUUGCAACAGAGGGAGUUCGCUGGCUGCAGACACUCGAGAAAGUCACUCGGAACGAGAACUAUUGAGAACAAGACUCUCGGAAUCCUCGGAAUUCCUGCCUGGAAACCGUAACUCUUACCCGUUCGAUGCAACGACCACUAUAUGCUGCUCUCGGACGUGCCUGCAGCUUCGCGGAUGCCCUUUAUAUGUGUAGUCGCGAAAAUAGGAACGGGCAAAGGUGAGCCAAGACGGUCAGUGUGUCCACAGCGCUUGGCAUUCACUCAUGUAUGCCAACUUGCAAGUGCCGGUGCCAUCCGUAGAACUCACAACGUAUGAGUUCUGUCACAUUCAAAGUUUCACGAGCAUGUCACCACGACAACACUCUGCACAAUGUCAUGGGAAUUACCACUUUCGCUGUGCAGAGUGUCCCAUUAAAACCCCUUGCAGCAAUUUUCGUACCGGAUACCUCCGCAUGUAAACACGCACCAGCUGGUUCCUCAUGUGACCUGGAGUUAUUACAACGUCACCAUUAUACAGAACCCCCCAAAUGAAAAUACCUGAAUUCAAUAGAUGCUCAUGGUGACCAAACAACCAGAUACAGCAUAAAUGUAUUAACAAGCCUUACACAUCACUAGUGCAUAGCUCAGCACAGAACGCGUCAAAAAUAUAAAUCAUUCCAUUGGAACAUGACCACAGAAAGAAAGAAAGAAAGAAUAUUUAAAAACAUCCAUCCUUAUACCC